GCAGGCUCGUAAACAGAACAGAAACGCUGCUGGACUGUCAUUUUUAAUAUUUCAUUUAAUUCCUCAUUAGAGCAACUAUAAAAAAACAGAAACGGUUUCCGACUGAUCAUGGAUGUACCAGAGGCCAGUCACUCUCAAGAAGCACCAGCAGAUUCUGUAAACUCUUCACACGAGUCCAGCUUGUCCUUAACACCGCACAUGUUGGCCAAAAUAGAACGGAACAGACAACGGGCAUUGAUGCUCAGACAAGCCAGGCUCGCCAGUAGACCGUCUUCAGCUAUAGAAGGUGCUACUUGUGCUAAAGUUGCAAAAACUAUAGACUCUGGUGCAGGGUUCUUUAUUGAAGAGGAGACGGCAGAGGAUGAGCAGCAGGAAAAGAGAGUGGUCCAGCAACCAGCCCCAGUGAUGGAGCCUGAUUAUCUGAUGUGUGAGGAGUGUCAGAAGCCAUUUAUGGACUCUUAUCUCAGCAACAGUUUUGAUUUGUCUGUGUGUGAUAAAUGCAGAGACAAUGAAGUGAAGCACAAGCUAAUAUCUCGCACUGAAGCGAAACAGACUUUCCUUCUGAAGGAUUGUGAUCUGGAUAAGAGGGAGCCACUGCUGCGAUUUAUCCUGAGGAAAAAUCCUCACAAUCCACACUGGGGAGACAUGAAACUCUACUUAAAGACACAGGUGGAAAAGCGCUCUCUGGAGGUAUGGGGCAGUGAGGAAGCUCUGGAGGAGGCCAAGGAGAGUAGAGAGGAGAACAGGGAGGUUCAGAAGCAGAAACGCUUUAAUAAAAAGGUUAAAGAGCUGAGGCGGGCGGUAAGGAGCAGUAUGUUUAAGAAAGAUACCAGUAUCCAUCAGCAUGACUACGGCCCUGAGGAGAUUCUGGACGAAGAGGAAGAUCUCUACAGGAAAGUGUGUCAAACCUGUGGACACGAACUCACUUUUGAGAAAAUGUAAAUGCGUCUUCAAACUACUGUACAGGGAAGAACCAGGUCCGGAUGCA